CAUGGACGAUUAUGCAGUGGAGACCACAUUCUCAAGAUUGGUGACACAGAUCUGGCAGGAAUGAGCAGUGAGCAAGUAGCACAGGUACUUAGGCAGUGUGGAAAUAGAGUGAAGUUGAUGAUUGCAAGAGGUGCCAUAGAAGAACCUACAGCACCCACCUCUUUGGGCAUCACCCUCUCCUCAUCCCCAUCUUCUACACCAGAGGUGCGGUGCCAAAGAAUAGAAGAAAACUCAAAUGUAGGGAUGCUUCAGCACUAA